AUGAAGUUUAUUCCAGAGCGCGAGCAGCAAAAGGAGAAUGGUGCACCUUCGCGCGGAUGCGAAUGGGAUUUUAUUCAAUCUCGCACUUACUUUAUUUUAACUUUUUCCACAUCUUGCCUUGGAUUUUACUCGCACGGUGCCAAACAUAAACUCAUUUUGCCUCACAUCACAAAUGGCGUGGAGUAUAUCACAGCGGGCAGCGCGCGAAGGUUUUGUAUGCUUUUACCUACGCUUGUUUUUUCUUAUAUUGACUGGGAUACGUAACGCAUCCACACAGGGAUACGAGAGUUUGGGAUUAACGUAUGGUUUAAGAUCUGAACUUUCAGAAGACGCCAUUCUCGUUGCAAAUAACGGAAUACGGGUUCCAUUCGGCAGAUCUGUUUAUAUUGAUCCGAUCAACGACUUGGUUGUCCAAGUUCAGCCCGGCGACAAGUGCACCAUAACGGUUCUGGAUAACGAUGCGCUCUCACAGAGACCGGGACAGCUGUCCCCGAAAAAGUUUCCUUGUGAUUUUGGUCCCAACGAUGUAAAGUACUCACAUUUUGGAUCUAGGAGCCCUUCAAAAGACAGGGUGAGACUUCAGCUGAGAUACGAUACACAGACUGACACGGUUAUUAUUCCCUUUAUGAUGGAAGUGGAGGUGAUUUUCACCCAACUUGAGAUUUUGACCAAACACAUGCCUCUGGUAGUGGAAAAACUGCUUGGGAUAAGUAACUCUAUUGAUAGGAGAAUUCUGGAGUUCUCAUAUGAUAGAAAUGCAUACAUGUGUAAAAUUACAUCUUUGACCAGUGGCAGCUUUUUGCCCAGGUAUGGAAAGCUGGUUGAUGAUGGUAAGUUAGGGAAACCUGUGGACUGUGAUGAAUUUGUCAGGAUGAACAUACGCUAUAGGCAUACGUUCGCACACCGUUCCCCAAACAGAGAUUAUAUUCCCAUGUAUUUAGAAUUGCAGGACAAAGAAGCGAAUGUACUAAAACAAGAGUUUUUUCAAGUAGUUGUGAUCAUAAAGGAGGGCGAGGAGAACACAGCCCCAAAACCAAGUUUUAUUGCCAUGAUGAUGAUGGAGGUCGAUCAGUUUGUGAUGACAGCUAUAACCCACGACAUGCUUGCGGCUGAGGAUGUCGAAUCCAAUCCCGAUGAUUUAAUUUUCAACAUAACUUCUCCGCUGUCUUUUGAGGAGGGCUACAUUGUGAGCACAGAUGACAGAAAUUUGCCCAUCACGUCUUUUUAUCAGCGAGACCUAAAGGAUCUUAAAAUAGCCUAUAAGCCUCCCUCUGUGGAUUCGGAUGCUGAGCGAAUUUUCCAAAUUGAGUUUGUGGUUGUAGACACUGAGGGUGCCAUAUCUGACCCCUUUGCUUUUAUGAUUGUGGUUAAACCCAUGAACACCCUAGCACCGGUUGUGACCCGUAACACCGGGCAGCUGCUCUAUGAGGGCCAAUCGAGGCCACUGUCCAGUUCUCAAAACCUGCAAAUUAGCGACGAGGACAAUUUGGACCAUGUCCAGAUAACGGUUAUCGAUGGCCUGCGCCAUGGGGAGCUCACAGUACUGGGUACGAGGCGCAAAUACUUCACGCCAGCAGAUCUUGAUGUCGGCAGCGUUGUCUACCAGCAUGAUGGCAGUGACACCUAUAGCGAUAAUAUAAUUUUUAGAAUGACAGAUGGUAAACACGAAGUGGAAUUUUUAUUUCCUAUAACUGUGGUGCCAACUGAUGACGAGCCUCCUAUAAUUAAUGCCAACACAGGUUUAGUCUUGAGCAAAAACCAGAUGAUGCACAUUUCUCCUUUAACACUUAGUGCAGCAGAUAUAGAUUCUGAGGAUUCAACUAUAAAAUUUAUAAUGGUGCCUCCCUACUCGACUAUUGGAGAGGUAAUACUUAGGCAGUCGGAUGCACCUGAAGAUCCAUCCACGUGGAGGUUCAACGCAGAAGAUGAAAUGUAUGAAAAAGUAGUGACAGAAUGGUUCCAGCAAGACAUCACAGAAGAGAAGCUGUUUUACAGGCAUAUUGGACCACAUAACACAAAGACCAUCAUGGACCAGUUUAAUUUCAAAGUGCAAGAUGACAAUGACCCCCCAAACCAAUCAGGUGAAAACUUAUUCAUCAUCAAAGUUCUUCCCAUUGAUGAUAUUCCUCCUGAGUUGUACCCGGGGACGACUUUGCAAGUGACUGUUCAUGAAUUCCAGCUCACCUAUUUUCGAAAGAAAUUCUUGCGGUACACAGACUUAGACUCAGAAGACAGGGAUUUGAAGUACACCAUUACCAAACCGCCCACAGACACUGAUGAAAACAGCCCUGGCAUUCUGGGAACAAUUGUAUUGACUGAAAGUCCAGACGUAGAGGUCACAGAAUUCACCCAGGCGCAGAUAAAUCAUCACAAGGUAGCAUACAAACCUCCUGAUCUAGAGCUUGGGAUAACUCCACAUGUGGUGCAGUUUCAUUACAAAGUUGAGGACACAGCAGGAAACAGCGCAGAUGGAGUUUUUACCAUAUUUUUGCAACCUGUUGACAACAAGCCCCCCCAGAUCACCAACACUGGUUUUACCAUACAAGAACGAGGGACACACAUCAUCACUCGUGUUGAGUUGCACACAGUGGAUGCAGACACAGAUAGCUCACGGAUACUGUUCACAAUUACCCAACUUCCAAAGCAUGGCCAGAUUAAAUACACAUUCACUGAUAUGACUAAAGGGGAUUCUUUCAACCUAGAUGAUAUAUCCAAUGGUAGAAUAUCUUAUGUUCACAAUGGAGAAGAGUCAACCAGCGAUUUCUUUACGCUGGAUGUCAGCGAUGGUGUCCAUGUUGUCACCAUCACAGUUAGGAUCAAUGUAAAACCUAUCGAUGAUGAAGCUCCAACCAUAAGUCUUCCAGAGGGCACCAUUGGUUCUUAUAUUGAUGUUUUGGAGAACGGAGCAACUGAGAUCACCACCAAUGUUAUUCGGGGUCGGGACGAAGACACGGAUGACCUCAGACUGACUUUUAUAGUGGAAGAUCCCCCGGUGUUUGGUGAAAUAUUAUUGAAUGGUGUGCCGUCCAACAGAUUCACUCAAGCAGACAUCAUUAGUGGCUGGGUGGUGUAUGCACAUACAAGCGGAGAGAUUGGCUUGACAACAAAACACGACUACUUUAAUCUCACUCUUACUGAUAUGUCGGAUGAAUGGACAGUGGGGGGUAAUAAAAUCAAAGGGGUUCAAGUGCAGGUCACUAUUCUUCCAUUGGACGGUCAGGCUCCUGAGGUCUUUGUUGGCCCCCAAUUCCGUGUCGUGGAGGGUGAGAAAAACGUUAUUGAGAUCUUGCACAUAAGCGCUAAUGAUAUUGAUACCCCUAAUGAUGACCUUCUUUGCACAAUAAUUGUGCAGCCUACCUCUGGAUAUCUUGAAAAUAUCUCUCCCGCUCCAGGCUCGGAGAAAUCUAGAUCGGGGAUUGCUAUCAGCGCUUUCACCAUCAAAGACAUUAGGAAAAAUCACAUCUAUUAUGUGCAGAGUAUUCAUAAAGGUGUUGAGCCCGUCGAGGACAGGUUUACUUUCAGGUGUUCUGAUGGCAUAAACUUUUCAGAGAGACACUUUUUCCCCAUCGUGAUAAUCCCAUCAAAUGAUGAAAAGCCGGAGAUCCAUAUGAGAGAGUUUGUGGUGAUGGAAGGGAUGAACAUUGUGAUUGACACUCCAAUAUUAAACGGCGCUGAUGCUGAUAUUCCGGCGGAUGAACUCACAUUUAUUAUUUCAAAGCCUCCGAAACACGGAUAUAUUUUUAAUCAGCUCACCUCAGGCACCGUUCCUGUGACAAACUUCACCCUGGAUCAGAUACGAGAGGCUUCGAGUAUUGUGUACGAGCAUGAUGAUUCAGAAACCACAGAGGACAGUUUUGAAGUUAUUCUCACCGAUGGGAAAUUCACAGUGCAGAGAACCGUCAUGGUUAUGGUAAUUUUAGUCGAUGAUGAAACUCCAAGAAUGGCAAUUAAUGAUGGCCUUGAAAUAGAGAUAGGAGAUGUAAAAAUUAUCAACAACAAAGUUCUAAAAGCCACUGAUCUGGAUACAGACGACAGCACUUUAACUUAUAUUAUCCGUUAUGGUCCAAAUCAAGGAUUUUUACAAAAGAGAACUCCAUCCGGACUUAUAGUAAACAUAACUAUUGGAAUGAACUUCACGCAAAAUGAGAUUGAUGAAGAUAUGAUCAUGUACAUUCACAAUGGACAAGAGGGAGUUCGCGAUCUGAUCAAAUUUGAUGUUACUGAUGGCAUUAACCCUUUGAUUGACAGGUACUUCUAUGUAACUGUGGGAGGUAUAGACAUGGUAUUUCCAGAUGUGAUCAGUAAAGGUGUUUCUCUUAAAGAAGGAGGCCGUGUGACCCUGACCACAGAUCUGCUCAGCACCAGCGAUCACAACAGUCCUGACGAACACUUGGUCUUUACUAUAACGCGUGCCCCUGUGAGAGGUCACCUUGAAUGUACUGAUACUCCUAGUAUGCCCAUAAGCUCCUUCACUCAGUUGCAACUAGCCGGUAAUAAAAUUUAUUACAUCCACACCGCCGAUGACGAAGUGAAGAUGGAUAGUUUUGAGUUUGAGGUGACGGAUGGUUACAACCCUGUGUUCCGCACCUUUCGUGUUUCCAUUACAGACGUGGAUAACAAAAAGCCAGUGGUCACCAUUCACGGGCUGGUGGUCAGUGAAGGUGAAAAGAAGUUAAUCACUCCUUUUGAGCUGACGGUGGAGGACCGAGAUACCGUCGACCAGCUUUUAAAGUUUACAAUCACUCAGUUGCCCGUCCACGGCAAGUUGCUGUUUAACAACACUCGACCUGUCACUUCCUUCACCAAGCAAGACCUGAAUGAAAACAUGAUCAGCUACAAACAUGAUGGGACGGAGUCUGCCUCCGACAGCUUUUCAUUUACUGUAACUGAUGGAACUCAUACAGACUUUUACGUAUUCCCAGACACGAUUUACUCCACUCGCAAGCCGCAGGUGAUGAAAAUCACAGUUGUUUCGGUGGACAAUGGGGUCCCACAGGUUGUGACCAAUAAGGGUGGUACAACAUUAAAAAUUCUCCCUACUGGUCACCUAGGGUUCUUGAUCACCAGUAAAGCAUUAAAGGCAGAAGACAGAGACAGCUUUCAUAGAGCUGUGACUUUUAAAAUUACUGUGGGAGCUGAACAUGGCUACCUUAUUGACAUGGGGAAAGGCAAUGCCACAAUCACCACAUUUACCCAAGCCGACAUUGAUGACAUGCACAUAUGCUACGUGCUUCGAGACGGAGACAAUGCCACGAGCGACACAUUCUACUUUUCCAUUGAAGACAACGGGGGCAACAGGCUAAAGAACCAACAGUUUCGGCUAAACUGGGCUUGGAUCUCUUUGGAAAAAGAGCACUACCAGGUGGAGGAAGAGGCCAAGUUUCUGGAGGUGACUUUAAGACGAAGGGGCUACCUUGGCGAGACUUCAUUUGUUAGUAUCGGCACUACAGACGGCACAGCUGAAAAGGACAAAGAUUUCAGAGGGAAGGCCCAGAAGCAAGUCCAGUUUAACCCUGGUCAGACCACCGCCACCUGGAAGGUGCGCAUCUUGUCGGAUAGCCUGUACGAGCAGUCUGAGACCUUCCAGAUUGUUCUGUCAGAACCUGUCAUGGGUGCUCUGGAGUUCCCAGAGGCAGCAACAGUGGAAAUAGUCGACCCUGAGGACGAAUCCACAGUGUUCAUCCCCUCGGCUACGUACUCUAUUGAGGAAGAUAUUGGAGAACUUCUGAUUCCUGUGCAAAGAUCUGGAGAUGUCAGCCAGGAACUCAUGGUCAUCUGCUUUACACAACAAGGUACAGCCAAGGGCACGGUUCCCACCACAGUGUUGUCCUAUUCUGACUACAUUUCCCGACCAGAGGAACACCACAGCGUGCUGCGGUUCGAUAAAGGCGAGACAGAGAAACCAUGCCGUGUGGUCGUCAUCGAUGACUCGCUCUAUGAGCCAGAGGAAAGCUUUAAUGUGACCCUCAGCAUGCCAAUGGGCGGCCGAAUGGGGCAGGAGUUUUCUACCACAAGGGUCACCAUCUUGGCCGAUACAGACGAUGCACCAGUGUUCUACUUCGGAGACAUGGAGCACCACGUGGAUGAGAGCGAUGGUUACGUCGAAGUUCGAGUUUGGAGAACAGGAAGUGACCUCUCAAAACCCGGAACGGUCACAGUGCGCUCUCGAAAAACGGACCCUGUUUCAGCUGAAGCUGGUGUGGACUAUGUUGGGAUUAGUAAGAACCUGGACUUUGCCCCUGGCGUCAACAUGCAGACGUUCAGGGUUACAAUCCUGGAUGACCUGGGACAACCGGUGCUGGAGGGGCCAGAGAAGUUUGAGCUGCUCCUACAUAUGCCCAUGAACGGCAUACUGGGAGAACCAGGAAAAGCAACUGUUUACAUCAAUGACUCUGUUUCAGAUUUGCCCAGGGUGCAAUUUCGAGAGCCGACAUACACGGGUAAUGAGAACGAUGGGGAGAUAUCUGCUAUUGUGUACCGCAGCGGAGAUCUGAGCUACAAGUCCAGCGUGCGCUGCUAUAGUCGUCAGGGCUCGGCUCAAGUCAUGAUGGACUUCAACGAGAGGCCAAACACAGACUUCUCAAUCAUCACCUUCUUACCAGGAGAGGUGGAGAAGCCCUGUGUUCUCAUCCUUGUGGAUGACACUGAACACGAGGAAGAUGAAGAACUGAGACUGGUGCUGGGAAGCCCCAAGAGUGAAUCUCCAUUUGGCGCAUCCAUAGGGACCCAGAAUGAGACACUCAUUACGAUUAAAGAUGACGCUGACAAGGCCAUUAUCAGAUUUGGGGCAACCAAGUUCAGUGUCAGUGAGCCCAGUGAGUCAGGUCAGGUGUCCGUGGUAAAGAUCCCAGUGCAGAGAGUAGGAGACACAUCCAAAGUCUCUGUUGUCCGGGUCCACACUAAGGAUGGAUCAGCUUCAUCUGGACAAGAUUACCACCCUGUUUCAGAAGAUGUCGAGUUUAAAGAGGGAGAAACUGAACACAUAGUGGAGGUGGAAAUUUUAUACGAUGGCGUGCGAGAGAUGAGAGAGGCCUUUACAGUCCAUCUGAAACCUGAUGAGAACAUGGUAGCAGAGAUUCAGGUGACCAAAGCUAUCAUCUACAUAGAGGAGACAAACAGUAUGGCAGACGUGACUUUCCCAUCAGUGCCAGUGGUGGUCUCACUAUUGCACUAUGAUGAUACAAGCAGGACUAGAAAUACACAGCCGGCCGCUGGAUAUCCUGUAGUCUGUGUUACGUCGUGCAACCCAAAGUACCCUGACUUUGACCGGACGGGCUCCAUCUGUGCCGCCGAGCACAUUAACAACACGCUGACCCGAUACCGUUGGAUGGUCAGCGCCCCCACGGGACCAGACGGAGUGACCAGCCCCAUGAAGGAGGUGGAUUUUGACACCUUCUUCAGCUCCUCCAAAAUGAUCACUUUAGACUCCGUGUAUUUCCAGGCCGGCUCGCGGGUGCAGUGCGCUGCCCGGGCUGUGAACUCCAACGGAGAUGAAGGUCUGGAGCUCAUCAGCCCCAUAGUCUCCAUUAGUAUAGAGGAGGGUAUGUGUCAGCCUCGGGUUGUUGGCACAGUUGGAGCUGAACCUUUCUCCGCCAAGCUGCGCUACACUGGGGCAGAAGAUCCAGAUCAUCCAAAUCUCAUUAAACUCACAGUCACCAUGCCCCAUAUAGACGGUAUGUUACCAGUGGUCUCCACUCGGCCCCUGUCCAACUUCGAGCUGACCUUGAGUCCAGACGGCACACGGGUGGGCAACCAUCGCUGCUCCAACCUGCUUGACUACACGGAGGUGCGAACCCGCUACGGUUUCAUCACAAAUGCUACCCGCAAUCCAGAGGCCAUCGGUGGAACUGCACCUUAUCAGUACAGCGCAGCCCUCAGGGGUCAGAGCACCCUACGAUUCUACCGAAACUUGCACUUGGAGGCCUGCUUAUGGGAGUUUGUCAGCUACUUCGACAUGUCCGAGCUGCUCAGUGAUUGUGGUGGAACUAUAGGGACUGAUGGACAGGUUCUGAACCUGGUGCAGUCUUAUGUCACCCUGCGUGUGCCGCUGCACGUGUCAUACGUGUUUCAUUCGCCCGUUGGCGCCGGCGGGUGGCAGCACUUUGACCUGCAGUCUGAGCUGCGUCUCACUUUUGUGUAUGACACGGCCAUAUUGUGGAGGGAUGGCAUUGGGAGUCCCCCAGAGGCAGAAUUACAAGGUUCCCUCUAUCCCACAAGCAUGCGUAUCAACGAACAUGGCCGCUUGGUUGUCAACUUUCGUACAGAAGCCCGUUUUCAUGGGCUCUUCGUCACCGCACACUCAGCCUCUCCUAUGACUUCUAUGGUGAUGUGUGCGGACCACCCUGGACUGACCUUUAACAUUAGUUUGGUGAGAUCUGAGCCCACAUACAAUCAGCCAAUACAGCAGUGGACCUUCAUCUCUGACUUUGCUGUGAGAGACUACACGGGCACGUACACGGUGAAACUGGUUCCCUGCACGGCCUCUUUCAAUGUAGAGUACACGUUUCGUCCCGUGUGCCACCCAAGAGACCCAGUUACCUUCGAUCUGGACAUACGCUUCCAGCAGGUCAGUGAUCCGGUCGCAGCAGAGUUCAGUCUGAAUACACAGAUGCUCCUGCUUUCCAAAAGAACUCUCUGGUUGUCCGACGGCUCCAUGGGUUUCGGUCAGGAAAGUGAUGCUGCUUUCACAGAGGGUGAUAUCAUCUAUGGACGUGUAAUGGUGGAUCCUGUUCAGAAUCUUGGAGACUCAUUUAUCUGUAACAUUGAGAAGGUGUUCCUCUGUACAGGGGCGGAUGGAUACAUUCCAAAAUACAACCCUGACAACUUUGAGUUUGGCUGCUUAGCUGACUCGCCAUCUCUUUUGUACAGGUUUAAGAUCAUUGACAAAGCUCAACCAGAGACUCAAGCUAGAACAUUCGGUAGCAUUAAUUUCAAUGCUUACCUUGCUGUAGAUGAUCCUCAAGCAAUGGCACUGGUGAGGCAGCCAGGCUCUGAUGGUUUUAGACUGGAAUCCACAGCUUUGUUUCAAGUUUUGGCAGGGAGAGAGUGGUACAUUCACGCUAUUUACACCGUCCGAUCCAGAGACAAUGCUAACCGAGGCAUUGGGAAGAGAAGCGUAGAAUACCAUUCUUUGACAUACAGCCGACACUCGAUUCACACCAGCCAAUCACGAUACAGAAGGUCAGCAGAUGGCGUGCCAGAUUUGGCUCAGGAUAUUGGUGCAGAGAGAAACCGAGGCACGAACAUCUUGCAUGUAGCACUGGACCGGCGCACCCAAAUACAUCCCGACCUUAACCAAGAAACCCAAGCCGAGGGUAUUGUUCCGAGAGAACUGAACCACGGGGACAGUAGCGAUAAUCGCCUUGUUGUAAUCAUAGGAAUUUUGGUCGCUCUCCUCUUCACCGUUUUGCUAAUUAUUCUCAUCGUUCUGGUAGUGCGAUCUAGGCAAGAGAAGAAUGUUACAGAGUCCCCAAAAAGCUCCAGCAGCACAGAGCCCAUGAUGACACACGUUCCUGAAAGCAACGACAGUUCUGAGGUUUGAUUUUAUUCAAAUCGUUUUUGUUUGCAAGUGCCUCUUGUUCAGUUGCUUGGGCACACAAAAGACACAUAGUGACCUGGAGUGGUUGUGCUCUACCUCUCCUUUGGAUUUGUCCAAAAGUGUACUUGAAAUUCAUAUGCACUUCUGUCGUCACUGCUAUUUUAAUUCUUCAUAGUAUCUUGUUGACAUGUAGACAGAGUCUGUUGUAUACUACUACUACUACUACUACUACUGCUUGGAUGGUGAAUGAGAAUUUUAUUUUAUAUCCAAAGGUGCUAGAUGAAAGAAUGGUAUUGUGGGAGAAAGAUGUUUUUGAUGUUUAAUUGUAUAAAUGCAGAUUGUUUUCAAUCGUUGAAGAUUUUUAAUGGUUACUAGUAUUAGAAGGUUGAAAGAAUGAAAUUGUACUAUACUACUAGAUGGAUUGUGCAUCAAUAGUUUUUGUUUAUUUUCAUUUUUGUAUUUUCCACUGCUAAUGUUUCUACUGAGCAGAAGAAAUGAGAAGCUCAGACGCAAAAGCCGCUAAACGCCACCUCCGAUAUUAAAGGAUUAGUCCAUUUUCUUAAAAAAAAUCCAGAUAAUUUACUCACCACCAUGUCAUCCAAAAUGUUGAUGUCUGUCUUUGUUCAGUCGAGAAGAAAUUAUGUUUUUUGAAGAAAACAUUCCAGGAUUUCUCUCAUUUUAAUGGACCCCAACACUUAACAGUUUUAAUGCAGUUUAAAAUUGCAAUUUCAAAUGAGGCAUAAGUGUCUUAUCUAGCGAAACGAUUGUCAUUUUUGGCAAGAAAAAGAAAAUAUGCACUUUUAAACCACAACUUCACGGUCCUGUGACGUGCCAACGUAAUUGCGUAAUGACGUGGAAAGGUCACGUGUUACAUAUAUGAAACGCACAUUUGCGGACCAUUUUAACAAUAAACUGACACAAAGACAUUAAUUAGUAUCAUUCGACAUACAACAACGUCGGAACGAUCCUCUUUCUUCACACUUGUAAACACUGGCGCGAAGUUUCGCAUACGUCCUCCGUGACCUCAUGACGUAUUGUGUAAGGUCGCGCUGGCGCGUCACAGGACCGGAGGAAAACGAGAAGUAUUGAUUUAAAAGUGCAUAUUUUUUUUUUCUUGCCAAAAAUGACAAUUGUUUCGCUAGAUAAGACCCUUAUGCCUCGUUUGAGAUCGUUUAGAGUCCUUUGAAACUGCAAUUUUAAACUGCAUUAAAACUGUUAAGUGUUGGGGUCUAUUGAAGUCCAUUAAAAUGAGAAAAAUCCUGAAAUGUUUUCCUCAAAAAAAUUUCUUCUCGACUGAACAAAGAAAGACAUCAACAUUUUGCAUGACAUGGUGGUGAGUAAAUUACUUGGAUUUUUUUUUAUAAAAAAAAUGGACUAAUCCUUUAAUGGUACUGUAUUGCGGCACGUAUUAAGCUAAUCAAAUACUUUAGCUUCAAAUCUGCUUAAUCCCGCCCACAGGCCAUUCAGAAAUAUGGCUUUGUUGGCAGAGUCUGAUAAAAUUUUGGUUUUAACAAGAUUUUAGGGGCGGUUUUCCAGAAAGGGUUUAGGUUAAUCCAGCACUAGGCCUUAUUUAUAUUAGGUCAUUUAAGGAGUUUUUACAAACAAACCUUACAAAAAACACUACAUGUGUGCAUCUUAAGACAAAACAAUGUCACGGAUAUAUGUUAAGAUUACCGGUAGUCAGGACAAUGUGUUUUCAAUUAAAAAAGCUCAAAGGUGCAUUUUAGUCUGGGACUAGGAUAAGCCUCGACUGGGAAACCGCCCAAAUAUGUCAGAUGCACUUGAGGGUUUUGGAUCUGAGCUUUUCAACAGUACUGUAAUACAACAACUUAUGUCAAAUGUGUUUUUGAUAUUAUCAUACAUUUCCAUAAGAAUGAAAUUGUUUUAUUUUUUCGCAAAGCAAAAGCACAUUAUUUCUACUGUUUAUGUAUUUUUAGUAUUUAUGGUCACUAUCAAGUUUGCAUGGCUUUUUUAUUUACACUUACUGUGUAAAAAUGUAUAAUAUUGUAAAUUCAGAUAAAAUGUUGGGAAAAUUGA